CUCCGCUUCUCCUGCUUUAUUGCAGCUCUCGAUUACAGUGAAGGGCAGCCUCUAGCGCAAGCAAUUGCGCAACAGAGAGCAAGCCAUGGUCCUCAACGGCCACCACAAGCCGAAGCCGGCGCCCCCGAGCCCCAGCUCGCCGCCCCCACCGCCCAUGAUUGGCAGCCCGAAAGACGGCUCCGCUUUAUAUGAGCGCGCCCGCAAGAACGGCGAACUCCACGUGCUGCCCGGCGGCCUCGGCGUCAACGAUUCCAAUCCGACCUGCGGCUUCUACCGGAGGGACGACGCGCGCGCGCCCUCCGUGGAAGACGCCGUCGCGGCCUGUAGUUAUCUAACGUGGCGCUAUGUUGGAAGGGCCGACGUUUUGAUCGUGAUCGAUGACGAGGCCCUCGCGCUGUCCGAAGACAUCCCGGAGACGGCCGCGAGCUGGCGCGCAUCGGCCCGGAGCGCGUUAUCAAGCGCCGUGCGCGACGAGGUGCACAGGCCGCGGCCGGCCAUUUUGUUGAGGGUCGGUUCCAUAGACGACCGCAGUUUCAAGCAGUGGGCGUCGCAGCGCGCGAAAGACGCGCAGUGGCUUGUCGCGUUCGGACCUGGUAUCGUCCGGGUCGCGCGCGCGGCGUGCCCCAAGGGCGACCUAGAUGCGGCGGAUAGAUUGGCGGCCCAUCUCGCCGGGGCGCUCGACGCCUUGGUGAAGGGCGGCUCAUCUGCUUCUCUGGAAUACCUGCCGGCGCGGGAACGGGAGCGCUUACUGGUGGACUGGCAGCCGGCGCCUGCACCGGUAGACAUGCGGGGCCUGCCCGCCGUCGUCGCGGCCGCGGCCGGCGACGGUCGCGCCGAGGCCGUCGCCGACGCGGAUCAAAGCUGGUCCUACGGUCGACUACUAAGGGCGGCGGGGAGCAUCGCUCGAAGAUUACGCAGUGAUUAUAACGUGGGCAAGGGCGAUUUUUGCGGCGUGCUCUGCGAGCGAGGACCGGAUUUAGUCGCGGCGUUACUAGGAGUGAACGCCGCGGGCGCCGCCUAUGUCCCGUUAGACGCCGUCUACCCGACGUCAAGAUUGGAGGCCAUGCUCGAGGACUCGCGGGCGAAGUGUGUUAUUGGAAACGCCGCUCUGACGUCCACCCGCAUCCCCUCCAUGCCGGCCUUGCACCUCGAAACCAUACAAUCCGAGGGCGAGGCUCCCGUAUUGGCUGAUGCUUUAUCUCCGACGGAGCGCUGGUUCGGCAAGGACCUGGCCCAGAUCCAACCGGGCCGGGACGACCUGGCCUACUGCCUCUUCACGUCCGGCUCUACGGGCCGCCCUAAGGGCGUGCCCAUCACACACGGCUCCCUUACGAACUUACUAAAAAGUUUUCUGGACGACCUGCCGGAAUUACGGCCGGGCGACGCUGCGAGGCCCGCCGUCGCGUUAAGAUCAAGAGCCUCUUGCCUGUUGAAGGGGUCGGACACGCUCGACGAAGGCGGCGCGGAACGGGCGUUUCGGAGGGCGACGUCGGGCGGCUUGUUAAAUGAGGAGUUGCCCGGGUCCCAGGGCACGUUGCUAGCCGUUACGACCGUGUGUUUCGACAUCAGCGGGCUGGAGCUGUUUUUACCUUUGACGUGUGGAGCGCGAGUCGUCGUCGCUUCGGCCGAGGAAGCUAGAGAUCCGUCAGCAUUAGCGGGUUUAGUGAGGCGCUUCGAUGUAGAUGUGCUCCAAGCGACGCCGGCGUCGUGGCGUUUACUGGUGGCAAAUGGGUGGAUGGGCGCCCCGGAUCGCGUCGUCGCCUUGUGUGGGGGCGAGGCUUUACCGGCGGAUCUAGCUGGACAAUUGCGGCCCCGCGUUAGACGCCUAUUAAACGUCUACGGCCCCACGGAGUGCACGAUCUGGUCGACGCGGCAUGAAGUGGAAGCUCCUUCUCCGUACCCCGUCGGGUGCGUGGGCCGCCCGUGCCGCAACAACACGGCGCACGUCGUCGAUAGUGCUGGAAGGAUCCUGCCGGUGGGCGUGCCCGGCGAGCUGGCUUUGGGUGGAGCUGGUCUCUCCCCGGGCUAUUUACGAAGGGAGGACCUCUCGCAAGGGAGAUUUGUAGAGAAUACGACGGGCUUUGGAUUCGAGGAGUGGGCUCCUGAAGGCCACCCUGCUGAACUCAGAGAUCGCUUGUACCGGACGGGCGACUUAUGCGUGAGACUGCCUUGUGGCAGAAUCGAGUGUUUAGGGAGACUCGACGCCCAGGUGAAGAUUAGGGGCUUCCGCAUUGAGCUCGGUGACGUGGAAGCGGCGCUAAGCGCCUUACCGUCGGUCGACGCGGCGGCGGUAGCACCGAGGACACCGACCAAGGGCGGCGAGAAGGAACUCGUAGGCUAUGUAGUACCUCGACCGGCCUGGGGCGGCGACUACGGCGCCGAGGAGUUGGAAGGGGGCGAUGAAGUGGACGAGGAGGAGGAGGACGAUCAAGAUGAUGGAGUUGUGGAGGAGUGGGGGGCGGUGUACGACUCCGCUUAUGCCGCCGCUGAUGCGGUCACGGAGGACCCGGCUCUCAAUUAUAGUGGAUAUGCGGACUCCUUCAACCCCGGCGACGUCCACGUGCCCCACACGGUCGACGAGUGGGCGGACUUCACGGUUCAGAGAGUGGAACAGCUCUCACCGACGCGGGUCCUGGAACUAGGUUGCGGCAACGGCAUGAUUCUGCUGCGGUGCCUCGUGAAGGACACGUGCCAGAGGUACGUGGGUACGGAUCUCAGUGGCACGGCUCUGGAGUACGUCCGAGGCGUGACGACCGCGACGGCGCCAAAUCUCAAGGUAUAUAAAGAUGCGGGCCACAAAUUGAAACUAGCGAAGUGCGGCGCUCAUGACGCGCAUAAAUUUGCUUCCGAAAGAUGUGACGCGAUCGUUUGCAACGGAGUGGCCAUGUACUUUCCCUCCGCUCGCUAUACUCUGAGAGUCUGCGAGUCCAUGUUGAAAGCGUGCGCGCCCGGUGGGGUGUGCUUUCUCGGGGAUUUUCGGGAUCGUGGCGUCGCGGCGCCGUUCCACUGUGCUCUUGCACUAGCAAGGGCUAGACGAGCCGCAGCUCCGGACCAAAAAUUGACGUCUUGUGGCGGCGACUGCGCUUGUCCCUCACUAGAUAUCUCGGUGACGGAGCUGAAUGUGCUGGCUCGUAGAUCUUACGCGCGCGAGAAGGAGCUUUUAUUAGAUCCGCGGCUCUUCGUCGACGCACUAUCAAGGGGAGAAUUUCCCGACUGCGUGCGCGUCGACGUCGAAAUCAAACGAGGGCGCGUGCGGUCGGAGUUCGCCGGGUUCCGGGGCGACGUGUGGUUGUACAAGGCGGGGCCCGGUGCUCCUUCCACCUGUGUGAAGGCCGUUGCGCCUUGCGAGCUCUACGACGCCUCGAAGCACUCUAUUGAUCAGUUAAGAAGUAGACUAGAAGAGGGACCGGAAACGUUAUACAUCGCGGCGGCGCCGGACGCGCGCCUCGCCUUCGAACGGGAAUUAUUGAAUAGCGUGGAGACGUCCCAACGCGGGUCCCUCGAGAAGGCCGAGGCCGUUGCGAAGGAGGCGUCGAAGCGAGCCCGAAUGCAAGGUGGUCUGGAACCGGACGAUCUCUACGAGCUCGGCGAAUCCCUAGGCUACGACGUGGCCGCUUGUAGAAGUGCGGGCGUGGCCGCGCCGGGCGCGUGCGCCGCGGGUGCUUCGUUGGAUGUCCUCUUCGUCAAACGCCAGAAGGGCGAGAAACCGGGCAAAGCGAAACUCAGGUAUCCGGCGGUCGCCCAGCUCUGCGCGGAACGACUGAGAACGCCCGGCGCGUCCCCGAGGCCGUGGGAGACGUACACGAACCACCUGCGGUCCAAGGAACGGAAAGCGGCCUGCGACGCCGAGGAGUUCGCCGGUGAAGAGGCUCUGAAAGCACCACCUGCAGCGGCCCACUUGGAACCCGAACUCGAGGCAUCACUAAGAAGUUCAUUAGAAGCCGCAUUACCGCGCUACAUGGUGCCGGCGCGCUUCGCCGCCGUUCCCCGUUUACCAAUGACGGGCAAUGGCAAAGUCGAUCGGAAGGCUCUACCAGCACCGCCGGCGGGCGGCGGACGAGCCUCAAGAACUUUUGGAGCCGAGGCCACGGGCGGCGCACCUUCCACAGAUGAUGAAAGAGCCGUCGAGGCGCUGUGGCGGGCCGUGCUGGAUCUACCGCCGGCUCGGCCCGUCGGGCGGUUGGACUCGUUCACGAAUGUUGGGGGCAAUUCGUUAGUUGCCGUGCAGGCGGCGCGACGCUCCGUCAAGUUCCUCGGCGUGCAAUUGGAGCUGGCCGACCUGUUCGCCGCGCCAGAUCUGGCUUCUUUGGCGAAGGUAGCCAGCAAUAAGCGCCAGAAGCGGAGAGAGCGGGCCGAGAGCCAGGACUAUUCGGACGUGGACGAGGACGACCCGCCGCUCUUCGAGUGGACGUGUACCGAUGUGAGUGUCGGCGAUCUUAGAGUAAGACUCUGGCGCCCCGACGCUGCUGGAAAGUUCCCGGUCGUGGUCUGCUUCGAGCCUUAUCGAUUUUCAGAUGCGACGGCGGAGCAGGACGCGGCGACGUGGCCCUAUCUCGCGGCUCGAGGCGUCGCCGUCGCGCGCGCGGACCCUCGAGGUAUCGGCGACUCUCAGGGAGCGCCGCCUGCCAACGAAUAUGAAGAUGAUCAAGUGAACGACGCUGCCUUUGUCGUACAAGAACUGGCUUCGCAAAAUUGGUGCUCGGGCGACGCCGUUUUAGUGGGCGCCUCCUGGGCCGGCUUCGUGGCCUUGCAAGUUGCCGCUCUACCGCAACCGCCUUCCGCACUAAAAGCGGUCAUCGCGUGCUCCGCGACGCACCGACGCGAAUUAGAUGAUAUGCACAAGAAGCAGGGCUGCGUGCUCGCGGAGCAGCACUCCUGGGGCGCGUGGUUUUCGAUCGUGCAAGCUAGACCGCCUUUACUGCAUGGUAAGGAUUGGCGCCGCCAGUGGUUGUCCCGGUUACAAGCCUUGGGCGAGCCCGCCGAGGCCGCUUGGUUAAGGGCGGAUGUAUCCAAUAAGGACUACUGGCGCGUCGGCUCGCCCAAGGCCGACGACGUGAAGGUACCGGUGUUUUCCAUCGGGUGCCUGCGGGGCGGCGGUUAUGUGGAUUCCAUCCCCGAGCUGUGUGCUUCACUUGAUAGAAGAGGCAUCAAUAACGCGACGAUGAUAGGGCCCUGGUCGCACGGCUUCCCGCACGCCUCGGCGAUGGACUGCGGGCCGCGGGCGGACUUUCCGCGGUUGGCUUUAGGCUGGGUUAGGGCGCACUGUAGUUCCUCGAAGCUGCCGCCGCCGCCGCCGCCGCCGCCGCCCUGCUUGGUGUCUCUAUUAUCAUCUCGCAACGCCGGCGCGUGGCUGUCGGAUCAGCAGGGCCUUACUCGAGCUUUGUCAAACGUUGAUACAGCAACGUUCUCAUUAGCGGCCGACGGACGGCUCCUUUCUGGACCUGUAGCACCGAACGGCGCUCAUACAAUCGCGGUCGUCGGCAAGGGCGGUUCUCAAGCCUUCGCGGAUGCUUGUCGAGCCGAUCCUUUAUCAAGAGCCGGCGCGUUCGCCCAUUUGGGACGGGUCCACGACCUCGCGGGUGAUCAUAGAGACGCCGACGCCGCGGCUUGGAGUGCGGCCUUCGAUGCGCCAAUUGAUGCUUCGCCUAUUGUCUUCGGCGUGCCUUCGGUAACGUUGCGCCUGCGCGGCGCGAACGCGGGCCGCGUCCACGCGCGUUUACAACGAGUCGCGGCCACGGGCGAAUCAAUCAGAGUGGGCAGCGGCGUCGCCGACGUCACCUCUGCUCAGAUCAAGGUCGAGCUGGGGUUUUGCGCCGCGAAGCUGGCCCCGGGCGACCGCUGGCGCAUUGUCCUACAGCGCUGGGACUGGCCCUCGUUCCCGCCGCCGCCCAAAACUUCAGAGGCCGACCCCCUUGCCGCCAUCGAGAUUUUGGGCGGUUCGGUACAACUCCCAUCUAAAAAUCAAGUACGAGACGCGCCGCCGCCGCCUGCGUUCAGAACGCCGGCCGACGGCGCCGGCCUCGAGGCGAGGACCAUCCGAGCCCCCACGCGCGUCCGCGCGCGCCGCGCCGCCGAGGCGUCCGCAAAAGACGCGGCGGCCGUCGUCCUCCAGGACGACUUCGGCUGCCGCAAAUUGGCGUCGUCGGGCUCCGCGCCGCUCUUGGAGGUCGGCGAGGCGACGCGGGAGAAGAUCUCGCUCGCCAAGGAUGGCCGGAGUCACGUCCAUGUAGCUUCAAGGGCGGCCUGGCACGCGACGAGUGUCGACGCCGCGACGGACGCCGCGACGGGCGCCUCCGUGCGCGUCCAUUCCACUUUACAUGUUACGGAGACUCAAUAUCGACUAGAGCAGCGCGUCGUCGCGCGGCUCGCGGACCGGCAGCGCCUCACGUCGGACCAGCUCGUCGCCGCUUCUACAGAUUCGCUCGCCGACGACGACGCGAGCUGCGACGUCGUCUUCGACAAGACCUGGACCGUCGACAUUCCUCGCCGAACGUAAUCGCCGAUCUCGUGACGCAAAUCCCCCCCCUCCCCCUGCCGUACGACAGUGUCGCGGCUCGCACACUGCUGGCGUCGCCCGAAACACGGCGGCGCGUUCCACACUACGUCCGGACCCGGCAAUCACAUCCCCUACUAAAGCAGAAAAUUCUA